AGUUCUAGAUUAACCGAACCAAGGAAAAACGAGUGAUGACGUCAUGAUACCGAGAGUUAGUCACCGUAUCUGGAUUAUCGUUUCUUGGUACCUUCUGUUAAAAUGUUGUCCAGCACAGAAAGAUGUCGUUCGCAACCCGGCCAGCAAAGGGGUAGAACAUAUUUUCCACCAAAAUUUAGAUAAUAAUCAAUUCGAUAAUGAUUUCCAAUCGGAUCACGCUACAGUACGUGAUGCAAUACUAUCGAAAAUAUCGGCGAAGCGGAAAGAUACACCAUUAUUCACCUCGAAAAGAGUGGAAACCCCAGCCCCCAGUGCUGUAAACAGUAGACGUAAGAUAAAUGUAGCGUAUGAAAAUUUAGAUAACGUUUUACAUGCCACCGAGAAAUUUGGAGGAACUGUAGAAACUUCUACAGACAAAACAUCACAAAACCCAUCGAAUUUUUUGGAUGCUUCAAGACCAACUGUGAGCAAGUUUCAUCUGUACGAUUUUAACGAUACUUCUAGAAAUCGACGAUACCGAAGAUCGGCGAAAACGGUAGAUAGUGCAGAGAGCCACUCGGUACAGUACAUCCCCAACGUUUCCGCACUGUCCUUUCUCCAAGCGACAACCGACAUUUUCAUGCCCGUGACGACCGCUCUCGUCAACGUGCAUGAUGGUGAUGCACCGAAUAACGGUAGGCGUUCCAACGGUGACACUAAUAGUAGUAACUCCGGACACAAAACAAGCCCAGCUGUGAUCGAUAGUUUAAAAGCGAGUAAUUUAGAUCAACAAAUUAGCCGUAACCCUGCAGCGGUGGAGGACGACGCAUCGCGCCGGAUAGCAAAGCCCUUGGGAAAUUCUUCAACAUCAGUUGCACUAAAAACUGCACAAACUUUCCCACCAACGAAACCUCCCGGGAAGACGCAUCCACUUUCACACUUGGCCGACGAUCCAACGGAACGAGCAAUUACACCGUCGCAUUCAGCGGUGACAACUGACAGCCACCAUUACGGCAAAGAACAACCACCCGGUGGUGCCGGUGAGCCAAGUUUCAUAUUGCUUGACGACAGCGUCUACAUUACACCCGCUCACACCGACCGCAACGGUACCCUGCCGUCCCUACCCUUCCCGGGCUAUCCGUCCGCCAGAUCCGGAGACCUAACGCUUGACGCUGCCACUGCCAUUUUUGGUGGGCGAAACUUUGACGAACAAAUCAUCUUUCUCAAUGGACCGGAUCUGCUGGAGACAAGUGUCGAACAGGAGUCAUCAUCUUCCCCGGCCGGGUCCGACCAGGGACGGCGACUAAUGGGAAAAGUUCAGCGUGCGGUACGGCCCCACGGUACCUUCGAUCGAAGCCGACACAUGCCGCAGCAGGAGCAGGAGGAGGAACUGCCAUUAGCUCUGCCAUUGAGACCAAUCAUUCGUGACCCGGCGGAGGAGCAGCUGGCGGAGGACAAUGUGGUGCUGGUGUACGCCGACCAGCACGAAACGGUACGGCUGAACUGUGAGGUCGACGCCGACAUUACGACGGGUGUGUGGCUCAAGGACGGUCAGAUAGUGCACGCGAUGGACAAGAAGUCACGAACCGCUGAUAUCCGGUUUGUGCGCGAAUCGUUCGGUGCGCUUACCAUCUCGAAUGUGAUGCUUGAGGAUGACGGGGUGUGGCAGUGUGAGGCGGAAAAUGCGCGCGGAUUCUUCUUCAACGGGCGGCCAAUAAAGUUGAUCGUGCUCGAUCCACCGAGGGAACCAUAUUUGCUGAUCGAUUCUCGGCGGCUCGAUGCGGGCAACAUGUUCAUCCCGGUGAAGGAAAACUCCGAACUGACGCUCGCCUGCGUUAGCGAAGGAGGUAACCCGAGGCCCACACUUACCUGGGAGGUGCUGCUGAGUCCCGGCAUCGACAGGCACGCACAGAAACUAUCGAACGAUGUGCUGGAGCUGCAGGAGAUCAAGAAGGAUAAGGAUUCGGCAGACAAGGAACCGUACAAGAUCAACACCGGUGCCAUAUCGGAGGCCCGAUUGCCCGCCGUCUUCCGGGUGCAUCACAACGCUCGCAUCCUCUGCAUCAUGGAACAUCCGACGCUGAAAGUACGCCAAAAUGCUUCGAUUCUGCUCGAUGUGCAGUACACACCCUCGUUUGCCAUCACGCGAACACCCGGCUUUGGGUAUCCGCUACGGGAGGGCAUCGAAGUUUCGCUCAAGUGUGAUGUCGAUUCGAACCCGCCCAGUACGCCGCUGUGGCAGAAGGACGAUGGGGAUCCGCCGGUACCGCAAACGGGCGAUGGAUUUCUCAACUUCAGCUCGAUCCGGCGGGAACAUUCGGGCUGGUACAAGUGUACCUCGAGGCAUCUCAAUUUUCAGUACUCGAGCAUCGGAUAUUAUCUCAGCGUGCGAUACGACCCGGUCGAUGUUACUUCCGAACCAGUGGAACAAGAUCUUUCCCUAUCACCGUCCUCAUCAUCUUCAUCAUCUUCCUCGCCCGCAUCGUCCUCAGCCGCCUUCACACCCAUCAACGGUGCUGGAACUUCUUCAGGCGGACCCUUCCCAGGAAGUGUACCGAUCGGAACCAACCCCUUCAAAGCCGGUGGCCAAAUGGAAGUCGAACUCGGUGGUUCCGUUACAUUGCAGUGCCCGCAAGGCUCACUCGGUUGCUGGUCGCAUCUGGAUUCGGCAUCGGCUCGCCUGAAAGGAACCGGCUCGGGCAGCUACACUCAAACCGGUCAGCUUUCGCUAAAGGACGUCGUCUACCAGGACGCCGGCACGUACAAAUGUGUCGGCCAGAGCACCGGUAACCGCAAAAAGCUGGAUGUGCAUCACACGGGAUCGACUGCGGUCAGAGGAGUACCUAAAGUAACUGCACGCAAUUCGACGCCCGUAGCAUUGACAGGAACGCCCUUGCAUCUUUCGGUAGAAUUUUGCUCCAAUCCUCCUGCAUAUGCAGCGAGGUGGCUCCAUGGUGAUCGCAUCUAUACACCGGGAAACCAAUAUGGUGGUGAAGUGUUUGCCUAUGGCUUUACGGAUUUGCCAACGCCACACUGCAAGGAGGCACGUCUGACCUACGUGCACAUGCACGAGAAGGUGCCGAGGACGUUCUACUUUGUCGUCUCCUCGCCGGGCGGUGUCGCUGAAGCCGUGUUCAAAGUCAACUACACCCUGAGGCAAACCAAAGCGAAUGGAUCGUUCAGCUCGUCGUCCUCGCACUCCGGUGCCGGGACCGGAUCACACGGAAACUCGUUUUCAUCCUCCCCGAGCUCCUCCUCCUCAUCCUCUGUGUCAAGCGUAGCGAGUACGGGCAACGGUGGCCUGUACGGGUACAAAAUCGGUCCCAAUACCAUCAACACCGUGCCCGGGAAUGGGCUGGACGAUGACGAGGAGCUGAUGGAGCCGGAAGAAAUUCAUUUUCCCAUCUUCGGCACCGGUCGUGCCGCAUUCGCCCCACCUCCCUAUCCCGUCCAUCUGCUCAUGGCUGUAUCCUUAAGCAUUCUGCUGCACUUUGGCAUUCCUGGCGCGGUCCUAACAUCGUCUUGGCCGAUCGACACUGCUGUAAUGUGGCACGGUGCAGCGAUACGAUAGA